AUGGAAGAUUUUGACUUUGAUUUUGACUUUGAUUUUGAACAAGAUUUAUUAACUGUGGAUGUUCACAACAAUUUUUAUUGCUCUACAGUACCAACAACAAAAAACAAUCAUUCAUAUAACAAUUAUAAUAGUGAUCAUCAAGUUUUAUCUGUAGUUUCACCCAUUGCAGCAUAUAAUUUAAAUCCAAACAAUAAAAAAUUAAAUCAUAAUAUAAAUGAAAAUAAUAGUAUAGACAAUACAGAUAAUUACAAUAAUAGUGAUAAAAAAAAUAAUAAUAAAAACAAUAUUGAAGAUUGCGAUAUAAAUGAUUGUAAUAAAAUAUUUGAAUGUAAGGAUAAUAAUCCAGAGAACUAUAACAUAAAAACAACAACAAUUUAUACAAAUAAUAAUAAUAAUAAUAAUAAUAAUAAUAAUAAUAAUAAUAAUAAUAAUAAUAAUAAUAAUAAUAACCCUUAUUAUUUACCAUAUUAUUUUUAUCCAACACCAAUUAUUUUACAAAAUGAAAUGUUACAUCCACAAUUAUUACAACCACAACAAUAUUUAAAUUCUAACAGAAUUAAAAUACAGUGCGAAAUUUACGGUUUGUGUAGAUUAUUAACAUCUAUACCAAAAGAUAUUAAAAUAUUUUUUAUUUAUGAAAUUCUUGAAAAAGAAUUUAAAUAUAACUAUAACCUAAAUAUGAAAAUUUUGUACAUUAACAAUAAUCUUCAUGUGCAAAUAUCACCGGAUCUUUUGGUGGAAGAAGCAAUUAAACCAUUCCAACAAAUAUAUCUUUUUGUAAGGUUCCAAGAUGUUUGA